AUGUUCAAAAAUAACGACUUUCUGGUAGCUCAGGAUCGUUUGUACAAAGAGAAAGUGCCGUAUCGGUAUAUGUACGCAAAGUACGGAAGAUAUUUCAAAUGUCCGAUAACGUACUUCAGGGUGGUGGACCGUUUGGGCGUGGGCAGCGGGCCGCAAGUGCAGGUUGUCCGCGGUGGCAUCAGGUACAAAUACAUCGUGUUGCGCCUGAGGUCUGGAUACAACCUUCCCAUCUCCGUUAACAUUUACGUCGGAUGCGAGAACAAAAUGACCAGGACCAGAGCCACCACCGCUUCGACAACGGUUAGCGCCGUGACAAGCUCUGCCACGGCGGCAGACUUAAGGACUACUACCGUGGAAGCUGGAGUCAAUGUCACAGAAAGUGAAAGAACGACCACUUCUGUGGUGGCAACAACAGCCACCACCCAG